AUGGCGACUCGAUUGAGUCUCAAGCCGCGCGCCCUGCGAAUCAGGGGCGGCUGCCCCCAGGGUGGACUCGGCUUCUGCUCUCCGAGAAGACAAUAUGCCUCUGCCACUCAUCCUCCCUUUGCUUUCACGUGGCUCACCAAAUCGCCAGAAGCAGUCAACCCGCAUGAUAUCCUCUCGUCGAUUCCCUCCCUCCAGACAUUUCAAUACACCAGCAAUCCUGUUCCAUUACUUCUCGUCACCCCCAAAUUCGCGCACUGGCUCAACUCUCCCCAUGAGUUUCUCCGCCACUUGGUCCAAAAUGUCUACACCGGUGCCUCCAGAGCCGAUCGGAUCUAUGCCGUGGCCGCUGUAGUCGACAAAAUCCCAUCCCCUUCAACGCCGAUCGAGGGAGGCAGCACAGAGAGCACGGCUGGAAAUGCUUCCGAGUCAGAGGGUCUUUCGCUCUUGGUCAUUGGCGAGCAGGACAUCAGGGGAAAGCCAGUACCCCCACGCCGGUUUGGUGGUCCUGCUGAUGAGGAGACUGAUCUGUCAUUUUCAUUUCGCAAGGACCAGACAAGCCGGGGCUCCGCGGACGGAGCAUAUCAGGUCGGCUUACGCCUUGCGAAUACCAUCUUCGUGAACGGGAAAGAGUCUACAUUGUUUGGCAUGCAAUGGCAAUUUGACAAGACAUCAGAUUCGUUUACGCUUGAUCGCACCAUAGACUUGACCAGUUGCGCAAUCACCUCCCCGAACGCCUCCGGCAGCAUCAGGCCCCGUGUAACGCUGCCUCUUCACCCUAUCGGAGAACGCAAAAGGGUCCUUGCUAGUAUGGGCAACAUUCUCCGACAAAUCUCCAAGUCCACCGAUCCUGCUUCAAAUGACCCUAUACCAGCAUCAUCAGAUCUGGAAAAGAUCCUUCCUCAGUACAUCAAGGAUCACAAUGUGUCUGACCAUAGGGUUUCGGUGUGGGCUCUGGUCGGGAAGCCGCAUGUCAAAGUGACAGACUCCAGCUUGUCUACGCGGGAGUACCUGGCUGAGAGUCUACGACAAGGAGGCAAGCUCCAUCGCGUGGUCAGCGGCGGAGGUGGCUGGGGCAAGAAGCAGGGGCUUCUUUCUUUGGAUCCCGAAGUUUGCUUUUUCGGAUCGGCCAACCGAGGAACUCUACCUGGGCUUGAAGAGAUCUUCAAUCCAGGUGAGAACGCAAACUCGAAUAUUGCAGCACUUUCGGCAGAAAGCUUGGUCGGUGACGAUUUGUCCUUGCUGUCCCAGGUUGCCACAUCCGGUGAUUAUAUCCAAUUUUUCGUCGCUAGAGAUCCCUCGGAGAUUCACGACGAAAGCUCUCUCGACUUGCAGUCCGUGGCCAGCAAUGUCACCUUCACCUUUGGUAUGGUAUCACAUCUUGAGGAAUCCUCUCCAGCAGAUGCGUCAUCUGAGAAGACGGAUCUUGAGUUUGUGCCAAAUGUCUUUGGCGCGCUCUCCGAAAAAGCCAUUUCCUUCAAUCAGCCCGUGGCGGCGGCCGAAGGAUCGUCUGAAUCCAGUACUAAGCUCAAUAUCUCCGGCUGCCGGGUGAGAUUGGGGUGGUAA